GCGGAGACGACGGCGACGGCGAGGGUGUGCGAGCCCAAGUGAGACCAGACCGACGCUCAAAUAAAGGACACAUUUGGCAACGAGGACAAGUUUGGACACUUUACUCCUCUCACUUUAUCCCUCACCCCUUCGAUCAGCGGAGAGAGGAGCGGUGAGGUCACGCUUUUGCCCAACAGUGCCCGGCUUCCGCCCUCUUGAGGGAUUGCGAUGCCCUCUGACUUUGUCGCGCUUUUCAGCGAGGAGCUCGAUCUCAAUUCACCCGGAUCCCUUUUCUCCCAAGAAUUCACUCAAACCUGUUGGGCAAGUUGAAGUAGAGACAAGGUUCCAAAACCAUAGUGAAUGAGUCACGGGAGAGAGCGAGAGAAUUAGUGUACGACCACCUUCCCGGAGAGCUGCACUUUUGUUCCAAAAUCCAGUAGAACCCAUUAACUAUGAGCCAAACCAGCGGUGGAGAGGCCGGACCCCCUUCAGCUGCUUUAGCUUCAGAUGGCAUGUCCUGCUCUAUGACCAUGGAUGGCCCCCGCAGUGCUUUUCCCACCUCUUCCAGCUCCACCAAACAUUGCAAUUCUUCAGCCAGUGACCAUGUUCAGAGUGGCAGUCUCGACCCAGAGGACAUCCGAACUUGCCGAGCCGUACCAGAGAGCUUUGGUGCCGAAGGUGGGAGUGCCAACGGCAAUGGCGGUGCUCAUUGCCUGGCCACCAAUGAGGUUGGAGGAGGGUUAGGUGUGCUAUCCCAGGAGGAUCAGCCCCAUCAGCACAUGAUGCCCCCCAAGCGUCGCACCGAACUGAACAUCUCACCGCCUCCCCAAGACCUACUUAGCGACAGUCAUAUGUCCUGUCAAGCAGAAACCUCAUUGGAUUCAGAACACAGCAACAGCAUCUGGAUGGAGGACUCCCUCUCCAACUUCAGUAACAUGAGUACAAACUCUUACAAUGACAACACAGAGGUGCCACGAAAGUCACGCAAACGCACCCCACGACAAAGGCCGGGGCCCAAGUCUUUGCUUACCAAUGAAGCCAGCAUGGAUGUUUUCGAUGCGGACAGCGCCAAAGGCCCACACUAUGUCUUCUCCCAGCUCGGCUCGGACAGCAAGACUGGACAAAAAGGAAGUCCACAAGAAAAAACUCCGGCGCCUCACCUAAAAGGAGUUCUGUCCAUGCAAUAUCCAUCUAAGAGUGAACAAAAGGAGCUGAAGAUCCUUGUUCAGCCUGAGCCUCAGCACCGGGCUCGCUACCUGACGGAGGGCAGCCGAGGGUCCGUCAAGGACCGCACUCAGCAGAGCUUCCCGACCGUCAAACUGGAGGGUGUCAAUGAGCCAGUCAUUUUGCAAGUUUUUGUCGGAAUCGAUACUGAGCGGGUGAGGCCCCACGGAUUUUACCAAGCUUGCAGAGUGACCGGCCGCAACACCACAGCCUGCAAAGAGGUGGAUAUUGGGGGCACAACUGUCAUUGAAGUCCCCUUGGACCCAAGCACCAAUAUGACCUUAGCUGUGGACUGCGUUGGAAUCUUGAAGCUCCGAAAUGCCGAUGUGGAGGCUCGCAUCGGUGUGGCGGGGUCAAAAAAGAAGAGCACACGUGCCAGGCUCGUGUUUCGGGUCAACAUCCCACGUCCAGACGGUUCAGUGCUCACACUCCAAACGUUGUCGUCUUCCAUCCUUUGCACUCAGCCGGCAGGGGUUCCGGAGAUUCUGAAAAAAUCAUUGCACAGUUGCUCAGUGAGGGGAGGAGAAGAGCUCUUCAUCAUUGGCAAGAAUUUUCUCAAAGACGCCAAAGUCGUUUUUCAAGAAAAUGUCGCUGAUGAAACAUCUUGGAAGACGGAGGCAGAAAUUGACAUGGAAUUGUUUCACCAGAAUCAUUUGAUCGUGAAGGUUCCACCUUACCAGAACCAGAGCAUCACCUCACCAGUGUGUGUGGCUAUCUAUGUGGUCACCAUUGCUGGCAGAUCCCAUGAUGUUCAACCUUUUACAUACAAUCCAGAUUCAGAGAACACUGAAGUUUUUGUGAAGAAAGAGACGUCAUCUCCAGUGAAGACAUGUCCCUUUGACGAUCAAAUUCUGAUGCCUCGUAUGGUGCCUCAAGUGAAGAAAGAAGAAGUCACUCCAAUGGAGGUUACCAACAACCUCCAACCCUCUGCUGUGUUCAAGUCGCCACCUGACCUUGGUCCAGCUCAGCAGAACCCAGACAUGUCUACAGGUCAUCUAAAUAACAUAGAUUUUUCCAACACAUUGCCACAAUCCUUGGGCGACCCCGACAAGGGCCAGGCACCAGAUUUUACCAACACAGAGGCCUUAACUACAAUCCAGCCCAUGGUGGGUCUUGGGCAGGGUCAAGUCAGCAGCUCCGGGUCUACGGUGCGACCUUGUGGUGAUCCCGGAGCUCAACAGCAGCAGCUGCCCAUGUUCCCUUCUGGCGAAGUGAACCAGUUUGAUGAGGCGGUUAGACAAAAGCCCGAAGCGUUUGGUAAUGUGCCACUUCAGACGGAUAACUCAAUGACCAGCCAGCAGCACCAUUUGCAGCACCAACAGAUCCAAAACCGGCAACUUCAGCAGCAACAGCAGCAAAUUCAUCAACAACAACAGCAGCAACUUCAGCAGCAACAGCAUCAAAUUCAUCAACAACAACAGCAGCAACAACAACUGCAGCAGCAACAGCAGCAGCAGGUGCUGGAGAAUCUUCAACAGCAAAUAUACCAAUCGCAGUGUGUGAAUGUGGAGCAACAGGGAUCCUCACAAUGUGCUCUGCCAAACCAGGGCUCACUUUUCCAACAGGCUCAGCAGCAGCAGCAGCAGCAACAGCAACAGCAGCAGCAGCAACAACAAACAACUCUCUUUCAGCCGAGCACCGAUUUGCUCUCUAUUCAGACCAACUUCCUGCAGCAGACACCCUCACACCCCUCACCGCCAGCGUUCCACAACGCCGGCCCUCUGGCUGAAGCGCACGAUCCCCAGGGAGCUCUGUUUCAUAGCCAGGGUGCCUCUCACACUCCAGAACCGGUGCAGGUCGUGCUCUUCCAAAACCCCAUGACAGUUCUACCCUCUCCGGACCAGCAACCUUCAACGCCUAGUCUUUUCCUCCCCCAGACAUCUCUUUCAGGUCAGCUGACAAGCAAUAGUAGUAACCAACAGCAGCAAAUGGCCUUUCUCAGUGCUCUCCAAACACCUGCCCCCGAACAACAAGCGGUGUUUCAGCCUCAGGCUCAGACUCAGCUCUCUCCCAUUCAGCAAGGCGCACCAAUGGAGCAACAGCAGCCUCCCCAGCCUCAACCCCUCUCUCAGGCAAGUCAGCAGCAAUGUUUGUUCCAGAACAUCUCUCAGCAUCCACCUGCAAACACGCUGUCUUCAGCUCAACAGCAGCCAGCCGGACACCUGUUCUGUAACAACCCCCUGCCUACCGCAGACCCGACAUCCAACAUUCUCUUUAGCAAUCAGGGGCAGAUGCCUCCUAUGAGCAGCAGCAGUCUAGUUUCCCAAGAGCCCCAGAACCCGUCGCUGCUUUUCUCACAAGCCAGCAUGGUGACGGUAACCCAACAGGUGCACUCAGAGCCCAUGGCCUUAGGUAACCCUAACGAUGCACGUCAGCAAGUGCUAUUCCAGGAACAGCAACCAAUGCAACUUGGAAACGCCACAAACAAUGGGCAAGAGCAGUCCGUGGGGAUCUUCAUGCCUCCGCCAAAUAUGGCCUCUCUGCAAGGCGGGUUGUCUCAGGAGCUUGCGCAGUCGGCCAUGUUUGCUUCACCCAAUGGCGUGGCGAACCUCCAGACGACCACCUCGUCUCCUGUUCAGCAGCCGGGGACUCUGUUUCAGUCUGCAGUCGGUGGGACCAUCAGGCAGCCCAACCAACCUCAGCAACCUGACGUAUUCAUUUUUGGAAUUCACAACGAAUGUGGUCAGAUGAUGAGCGCACCAGGAGACACGGUGUCUGACCAGAUCAUAGCCAUCAGCCAGUCUGGUCAAAACCAAAGAGAGAGUGAGGCCCGCAUUCAGUCGCUGUUCAGCCAGAGUGGCUUGAAAGCCUCCCAGAGCAUGGAGAGGAUUAAUAACCUGGCUAUCAGCCAAGAGCCGGGCAACGCCUUAACCCGUUCAUACUGAUUUCCAGAGAGGAUUUCUCUUUUAUUUCUUCCUUAUUACAGUAACAAAACUGUUUGAGGGGACAAAAUAUUAUUGGAUGAUUAUAAAUGGGAAUGAAUCAUUUGUGUUCUGCCCAUUUAAGAUUAGAAUUGAUCUCAUCUCAAAUUAUUUUUAAAAAAGACAUUUCUUUGAAGAGUAUUCCAAGUGAACUAGAUUUGAGUGGAAUAGAGCUACUGUAUAUAGACGGGAGAUGAUAGCUGUAUGUGCUGUAAUUUUCAAAAUAUUUUCAGGAUGGCGUGGUAGAAGCGAAAGGAAAGAUUGAGCAAUGUGGUAUGAAUAUAAUAUGGUGGGGUUGUGGUUGAAAGGAGCAUAGAAAGUGUAAAGAGAGAAAAAAGGCAGAGAAUGGUGUUUUUUUUUUUAAAUUAAAUAUGAAUGUCGACACAUUUGUGCCUUUACAGUAUAGCAGUCAUCAACAUUAGCCAAAUAUUGCCAGUCCUUCUGUUUUGGCAUGUUUAUAUUUCAUUUUUGUCACAGGAAGGUUGAUGAAACUUAAGUCGAGGAAAUGCACUCUAAUUGGGCUUUUAUUUAUUUGCAUAUUGGAAUACCAGAGAAAAAUCAUCAGGAUGAUGUCCACUGGAAUACAAUGAUGAUCGAAGAUAAAAUAAUCUUUUGUUACUUUGAUUAAAUUACUUGUUUUUCAAGAUUGGUAAAAAAAAAAAAAUAUAUGAACAUAAUGUUCUUUUAGUCCUUUGUUAGUGGUACUAUUCUACUAUCAUGUCUCAAAAUGUAACAUUAGCAAAAGGUAGCACUGAAGGUGAGAUAAGUGAGGAACAUAUGAAGCAAAAGUGUUUCAAAUGAUGUAGUAAACAGAAUGUUUGUAUUAGACUGUGUCUAGCUAUAGUACAAAUAUUGGAAUGUAAACUACUUUCAUUUUGUGUCAUUUGUCCUUUGGAGUUACAUUGAUGCACUCCCUCUGUGUCAGGUACGCAUAACCGAGGAUUAUAUAUCAUAGUUCAGAAAUUUAAUCAUUUGCUUUGUUUUUGUUUUUUUUUGUUUUUUUUUUAAAUCUCUAGGUGUGAAUUUUAACACUCCAGCCUUUUAUGUUCUACAUCAUUUUAAGUCUUUACGAGAAAAGUUAAAGAAAAUAAGGAAGUGGACAAAACUGUCUUAAUUUGUUUGGCUGUAAUGAGCUAAGAAUUUGGAGAAAAUUCUUCCUACUUGAGCCACAGCAGGAAAAAUGUGUUACAUAGAACGGAUAUAAAAACUCUAGACAUCCCAAUUAUAAUACAAAUCAAAUUUUUGUAGUAUUGGAAAAAUCAAACCAAGUUAAAUCAUUUCAAAACUUUCCCCACCUUGAAUUAGGCCUAUAAACUUUACAGCUCAAUCUAUUCGAGAGGGGAAGUAAAAAUCAACAAUCGAGGAAAAAAAGUGUACACACCCUCUUAUAAUCGAGAUAUGGCUGUGUUCAUAAUUAACCAGUCACAUUUACACUCUUCUUAAUUAAACACCCUUUGUAUAAAUCCUGAUGACGGGCCAGUUUUAUGGCCCGUUUGCUUAUUUUAUUUCCCAUAUCUUUCCAUUUGUGUGAUCAAACAGCAACUCGUUUCUUCUCUGUGUUUCGCUUCUGAGUUCUUAUCCUGCUGUUGUUUUUGUUGUUUGUUUGAAUGUUUCAGGGGCUGGUCUCUGUUAACGUAACUAACAAAAGUUCCAUUUGUUUUUGUGUGCAUUUCUUUUAUUGCUGUGUUCCAACACAGUUGUAAUUAUCCACCCGCAAACACGAGUUAGUUAGAUGAUGCUCAAUGUAACCUUUACUAAUGUGAUUAUUGGCGUGACGGUAUGUUGCUUUGAGCAAAGCUGUUUUUAGUGGGAUGUUACUCCAGAAGAACACCGGAUACAUAGCUACGUGUCACUGUCUCUCUUUUAAACUUGUGAAACUGAAGAACUAUAGAGUUUAAUAUUUAUGGUUGUGUUUGUUCAAUUUGUUUCUCCAGUGAGUCUUUUAUGAUUGGUUUAGUCUGGCCUAUGUAUUUAUUUGCGUAGUUGGGUUUAGAUCUUUCAAACUGUGACCGGUGGCAAUUUAUUGUGGUUUGGAGCCCACAUCUGCUGAUCCUCAAUUAGAAACCUGUACUGAGACACAAAAAGGUGUUUAUUUUUAUUUUAUUUUCCAAAUAAAUAAAAAUGACACUUUUAUGUCUAUAUAUACACUCUGGUGAAUUUUGGAAAAGUAAUGUGACACAUUUUUGGGCAAAUGGCACCAAACUUCCAUCUUAUCCUUUAAAAUAGGAAUGACUUUCAGUAUUAUGACUAACACGAACCAAUAAGAUGUUCCGUACAUACUUUGUAUAGAAUGUUUGCAAGCAUCUCACUGAUCUUAAGAUGCACUGAGUGCACAGCUAUUUUUGUAUGUGGGAGAAAGGAUUCAAGUUCUUUGAAACAUUUCUUUCAAUAGAACAAGCUGUAAUGUUUAUUUGACCAGGUUGACUAUAUAAUUUGCUUAAACCUCUUCAAAAUACUAUAACUUCAAAUGCAGUGGUGCCUUGCAAUACAAUAUGGUGGCAGUUAACUCAACUCGUGUCACAAUAAGCAGCACAUGGGCAAGUAGUGAAUAAUUUUUCACAAAUGAAACGGCAAGACUUGAGAUUUGAGUGUUUUAUGUUACGAGCAUGGUCACGGAACCGAUUGAACUCAUCGCAAGGCACCACUGCUAGAUACCGUACUGUAAAUAAAUGUGCCUGUCAUAGACUGUAUUUUGCUCCUAUAACACCCAGCUUGCUUUCCAAGUCAAGACACUUUAAAUGUGUUAAUAAUGCUCUAGAGCAGGGAUGUGAUAGAUGAAUUUUGUUCUGAAAUGUCUGUCAUGCAUUGCACCCAUUUGUACUGAAGUAUCCAAUGCAUUUAUGUGGACGUGGAUGCACAUGAUUUCUGAAACUGCUAUGCAGCGAAACUGUAAAUGUAGAUCCGUUACGUUUUUGAAUAUAUAUUUUUCUAUGCAUCCGCUCAGUUUUUAACUACGACCCAUUAUUUAAGCUUGUUGGGCUUUGUCUCUGAUGCUUUGCUUGAUUGCCUAAUGUGUUUGAUGCCUUUGUGUCGUUGAGGUACCAGGACCAGGAAAAAUCAGCACAUUUCAUUUUAAAUUUUGGGGGGGGUCUGAUAAUCACAUUUCAUUGUUAAUCAUAGUGGGAAAAGUGCUUCUGAAUAAUUUGUUGUGUGUCUGACAGUUUCGCCUUAAAAUUCUCCCAGCACAAUUGACACUCACCUACAGUUCAUGUUUUAUAAUCCAGCAUAUAUAAAGUGAAAAUUUCUUUUAGGUGUCAACCAUGUGAACAACCGUCAUAUAAAUAUUGACUUAAAAAACAUGUUCAGCCUUUGUUGGGAUUCAUUUUUCUGUAAACCUGCUGCUAUCUAUAUUAAACAUAUACAAGAGAAA